UAUAAACCGCGGAGCCGUAGAGUCCUAGUUUUUAACAAACGUUUCAUUAUACAUACGUCAUUUAUUUCUAGGUACGUUCUGUGAUCUUGAUAAGUUUCGUCAUUUUUACGAUGCUAGGAAUGAAACGAUACGAGCGCUCUGGAGGAAACGGCGCCUAUCGGAUUGGGUCACGUGCGUGGUGAACAGCUAGCCCUGGCAACAGACAUUUCUCCCUGUCUGCUGCAGGCGUGACAACUCGCCAUGCUGUGGAAGAGUAUAGGCAUCCUCUUCGUUGUCCUUGCCGUUUACAUUCUCCUGUCAGCGACUGUGUUCCAUUUUCUGGAACAGCCACAUGAAAUCCUUGUCAAGAAUCUCACACGGGAUUUUCACAUGGAGUUCCUUCGUAAAUUUCCAUGUUUACCGCAAGAUGAACUGGAGGUGUUUGUACAACGAGUGUUAAAGUCGUACGAUAUGGGCGUGGUGGCAACAGCGACGAAGACGUCGGAAACUAACUGGGAUUUUGCUAGCUCUUUUUUCUUCUCCGCGACUGUGGUUACCACUAUAGGCUAUGGCAACAUCGCCCCGAAUACCUUGGCUGGAAAGAUAAUCUGCAUAUUCUGUGCCUUGUGUGGAAUACCAUUAUGUACUGUGUUCCUGGCGGCCAUUGGCCAGAAGUUGAGGUUCCCCAUCACUAAGCUCCAGGAGAAGAUGAUCACGGGCCGAUCUCACCGUGUCCUCCGAUGUGUCAAAGUCUGUCUGUGUGUGGUACUGGGCUCCACCCUGCUCAUCUUCCUGCCCUCUGUCAUGUUCACCCUGGCCGAAGGGUGGCACUAUGGGGUGUCUGUGUACUAUAGUGUUGUAACCCUUACUACAAUAGGGUUCGGGGACUAUGUAGCAGGUGUGCAAGCAGUUCCUUACCGCGAUCUAUACCGUGCCGUCAAUGGCGUCUGGGUGGUUCUAGGACUUGCCUGGGUAGCGCUGAUCAUCAGUGAGAUGACUGGAGACAUCAACGACAAGAUCGUCAAGAACGAAAUGAGAUGUUCCAAGAGUGUCAGUGAAACGGACCGUAAAGACAAGGAACACGAGAUGACAAGUCUCGACACAGAAAGUAUAGAAAAUGUGCUUGUAAAGUGAGGUAUUUGAGAUACCUGAUACUCGGUGUCCUGGUUCACAAGGGACGCUGAGGCAUGUCUGUAUGUCUGCGACUGCGACAGAAUUCACGUGGAUUCAUGAUUUAUGACCUGUGGAAUAGCGUCAGCCUUACUCUAUCGUCUUGUUCAAAGAAAGAUACAUGACGUACCUGUGUGAAAACAAAUGCAACGUACCAUCAUGCAACAGGAAUUCCUUUGAUCAAAGUUUUGAAACAACCGAGCCAUGUUGGAGCAUUGCCACGGUGGAAGCAUUGAUACCUGUACAGUACGACGAAUAGAAAACGAUCCUAAUACCAGUACACCACGGUGUAUUGAAUAUACUGUUUUGAUACCAGCAUAAGACGAUGCUGACAGUGCUAUCUUGAUACCAGCAUAAAACGAUGCUGACAGUGCUAUCUUGAUACCAGCAUGUGACAAUGCUGACAGUGCUAUGUUGAUACCAGCAUAUGACAAUGCUGACAGUGAUAUCUUGAUUUAUAUCAGCAUAAGACGAUGCUGACAUUCUCUUCAAACCAGGGAAGAUCUUUACACCAGUAUACGACUUUGAAGACAGAGCUAUCUUGAUACCAGUAUACCACGGU